AUGGCAGAUUCAAUCAAAAGUUCAAACAGUUUUCAAAAAUUAGAUAAUAUAGAUGCAAAAGAAACUUCAACAGUAGAUAGAAAAUGGGUUGCCUUAACAGCUUACCAACCUGUUGAUGUUGUAACAAAAACCGUUGAAGUUCCAAUUAUUAAGACGGUAGAGAAAUAUGUUCCAAAAACUAUUAUUCAAGAGAAAAUUAUUCAUGUCCCCAAAAAUGUUACACACAUUGUUGAAAAAAUUGUAGAAGUUCCUGAGGUAAAAUAUAUAGAAAAGAUCGUCGAAGUACCUCAUAUUCACUAUAAAAAUAAAUAUGUUCCAAAAAUUGAAAUUGUAGAAAAAGUUGUUGAACGCCAAAAAAUUAUUGAAAAAUGGCAUGAUAAGAUUGUUGAAGUACCUCAAAUUAAAGAAGUUGUUAGAUUCAAACAAAUUGAAGAUUCUGAGGAAAUCAUAAAGUAUGUACCAAGAAAUUCCAAAAACAUUGAUUGGGAAGAUGAAUAUAAAAAAUAUACUGAAAGCAAAGGAUUACAAAGAUAUAGUUUAGACCAAAAUAAUAUAUACCAACAAGCAAACUCUUUCAACCAAUUUAAUGAAAAUGCUUAUAAUCAAAAUGCAUUCAACAGAAGCUAUGAAUUAUUGAAUAAACAGUCUAGUGUUAAAUCACAAAAUAAUGCUAGUGGUGAAAAUUUCUCUCAAAUGAACUUUUACAAUCAAUACAGUGGAGCAAAUUUUGAACAAGAAAGAAGUAUUCAAGCAUCCAAUUUUGAACCAAGUGGAAGCAUGCAAUUAAAAAGAUUAUCAUCUGAAGAAAUUAAACCAGCUGGAUGUUGCUCAGCUGCCUGCACCUAA